AUGUAUGCCAGUGCGAAGCAAAAUGGCUCCAUUCAACACGACGAUGAGUUGCAAAAGGGAGCCAACACAGCGGAGCCACAACAAAGGGCACCACGGCAACUGCUCGCGGCGCUUGUUGCGGUUUCCGUUGUUAUAUUUCUUGCCUACAUUUGCGCUGUGUCCAUCCAAAGGAGGAUAACGUUUUCGCCAUUCAGUCGCCAGCUGGCCGCCCGCGGAGGUGGGGAGGAAUUUGAUGAGUCGGACGACUCGUGCAGCACCGAGUCGGCAGCAGACACCUCGCCAGAAGGCCAGCCGACUACGACCCCGCCGCCAGACGUUUCUGCUGAAGCACUGCAGGCACAGUCAGGAAGGUCGGUGUCAACCUCAUCAACGGACACAACCGCCGCAGCGUCUGGCAAAACGGUUCCGGGAACAGCAGCUCCACAGGUAGAGACACAAUGGAGGCGAACAGGUCUCAAGCGGAAGGGAGCUGAACAAUCCAGUGUCGAGCGGGAGGCAAAGCAGCUCCGACCAGAGACUACGCUGCAGCCCCCUCCAUCCCCUCUCGACCCUGCUCUCGAUUCGCUUAUUGAUUCCCUGUUGGCCGGAGCGGAUGACCCCUUGUCCGAAGAUGUUUGGCUCCUCGAUGAACCGCCUCUACUCCUCGCAGCGGAUUCAUCCAUUGUAUCGACGCCUUCUACAUCGAGAACCGACUCUGAGGCACGUCCUGUGGAGACUGCGCUCCAGCCUUCUCGUGCUGUGGAGACUGCGCUGCAGCUUUCCCGUGCUGUGGAGACUACGCUCCAGCCUUCGCCUCCCCCUCUCGAUCCUGGUCUCGAUUCACUUAUUGACUCUGUAUUGUUUGGAGGCAGCUCUGUCUUCUCUGAAGUGUUUUGGCGCCUCGAUGAAGUGACAAAGGAGUCUCCUCAGCCACCCGUAGCAGAAGCUCAUGCUGCUGCCAAAGAAGGAACGGCCAGCACCUCCACAGCUCCAGUUGAGGAUUCUUUGGCGUCUUCGUCCAGGGCUUCUUCUGCCUCGCAGCACCUGCCUUCGGGAGUCACGCCGUCUCAGGAAAGUGGAUCAGCUGAGCAGUUGGCAUCUUCGACAGAGCUGCCUGCUGACGCAACUGUCAUUUCCCUAUUCAGGUUUGUCGGAGAUGUUCUUCCAAGGAUUCCUCCUGAGGCCUUGAGGAUGCACCCAUUUUACCGUUACCCGCCAAAUCGGCCGGCGUUCACCAGUAGAUCGUUUAAUGCACGGUUAGCAAGCUCUCUUGCCCCAUCCCAGAAGGGAGCGAAUCCGGCGCUUGCGAUGUGUAUGGAAAUCAUGAAGAAGCCGUCACUUAGCCAGCUUGACUUUGAAAGUCUUCUAAUGGAGGCAGAACGCCUGUUCGCAUUCGCAAUGUACAACAUGCCGUUGACCUACAGACGUGGGCACGCGUUGUACGCCAUAGAAACUCUGGGCACGAUAUUUCUUGUUCUGGACACUCUCUAUUGUGCAGCAGAGGUAAUAGGAGAGCACUCGAUGAAGCAGGAUUGGUGGCCCUCGUUAAUACGUCGGAUAGGAAGUGUAAAGUUCGUGCCAAGGAACGAAUACCAAAUGACGGAUAAGGCUUUGAGAAAUGCAGAAGUUGGGCGCGCGCUGAACGCGGUGCUCGAGUAUUAUAGGAGAGGGCUCCGACCCCCAGCUCUCCUUGUUGUCGGGUUGAAGGAAGCCCUGCUUUGUGAACCAGGCUCGUCCAAGUUCAAGGCCGAACAGUGGAAAGCGUGGAGAAGAGACGCCGCACACUGGCGAUUGUCCUUGCAGCCGAGUGUGGCAGAAAACAAAUGA